AUGAUUUAUAUAAUCAUAGGGUUGAUUUUAACACUUGCUAUUACCUUUUUCUUAAGUUCUAAACCAUUAAAGUAGAAGAUUAAAUCAAAGAUAAAAAAGGAGAAAGCAGAAGGAAAUGAGAAUGAAUCAUUAGAGCAUUCUUAUAUUGAAUCAAAAAGUAGUGGAUUAUUAUUUUGUAAUGUUUGUAAAAAGUUGCUGUUUAGUUUAUGGGGUCCAUAAUAUCAUGAAUGUUAGAUAUGUGGAAUUUAUGUACAUAAAAAAUGUAGAAGAAAUCAAAUAUAAUGCAAAUUUAUAAAAUCAACAUAGAGUUAACCUAGUCAUCAAUGGCUAAGUGGGAAUCUUCCUGUGAAUUCAAUAUGUUGUCAUUGUGGAUUAACAUGUGGAUAUUUUUUUGAUUUGGAGGGGAAAAGUUGUCUUUGGUGUUAAAAGGUUGUUCAUGAAGAAUGUAAAGAUAAAGUAAAUUAAUUAUGUGAUUUUGGGGAAUUUAAAGAUGCUAUAAUAUUACCAGAUGGAAAUUACACUAAACCAAUAAUUGUUGUUAUCAAUUAGAAGUCAGGUGGAUAAGUUGGUGUGGAUUUUUAUAAAUCUUUUCUUAGGUAUAUAGAAUUUAUAUUUAGAUUUUUGAAUCCUAUUUAAGUGUUAAAUAUAUAAGAAAUGGAUAAGUUAAAGAAAUUUGCACAUAUAAAGACUGCUAGAUUGAUAACAGCAGGAGGAGAUGGUACAGUUGCUAGUGUGAUAAAUUAUAUUAAGGAAUUUGAUUGGAAUCCUCCAAUAGCCAUUCUUCCAUUAGGAACAGGGAAUGAUUUGAGCAGAGCAUUAGGAUGGGUAAUUAUAUAAUAAUAUUAUAAAUUAAGGGUGGUACAUAUGAAUAAUUAGAUGCAUCUCAUGUAUUAGCAAAAGUAAUUAAUAAUGAGAAUAUUACAUUAUUGGAUAGAUGGAAUGUGAAAAUAGGGAAUAAGAAUUAUAAAUUAUUUAAUUAUUUUGGAAUAGGAUUAGAUGCAAAGUUUUGUUAUGAUUUUCAUAAUUUAAGAUAAACAUCACCUUAAUUAUUUAAAAGUAGAUUAGGAAAUAAGUUGAUUUAUACAUAGAUGGGUUUAAAUGAUUUAAUUAAAAAUGAAAAGAGUGGUUUAGGAAAGAGAAUAAAAGUUAUUUGUGAUGAUGUAGUAGUAGAUAUACCAGAUUAGGUUGAAAAUGUUAUUAUAUUAAACAUCAAUUCUUGGAGUGGAGGAGUAACUGGAUUAUGGGAAUAGGAUGGAAAUUUUAAAUAAUAAAAAAUUAAUGAUGGAUUAUUAGAAAUAAUUGGAGUUACAAGUAUAUUGCAUUUAGGUAGAAUUCAAGUUGGAUUAGAUAAACCAUAUCAACUUGGUUAAGGUAGAAAGAUUUAAAUUAUAUAUCCUUCAAAUUCUUAUAUUUAGAUUGAUGGUGAACCACUCUCUAUUGGACCAUCUAUUAUUGAUAUCACUUUAAUUGAUAAGGUACAAGUUUUAACCAAUUAUGAAUUGACUUGGGAGAACAGAUUCCUAAAGACUAUGGAAUGGGCUGAAGAAUAAAAUCACAUUACAAAAUAAGCAAAAAUUGAAAUUGUUAAUCGUAUGUUACAUAAUUAUUAAUGA